AUGGGUGGCUGGACCCGGUUGGUGGCAGGCGCCUUUCUGUGCGCCUCUCCCGGCAGCCUGUUUCUCGUCGAGGGUUCUGAUGGAGUCAAGACUUUCAAUCUCCCUAACGGGGGCUCUUUGAAUAUUGAAGUCACCAGGGGAUCGCAUCCAGGAGGGUCUAUUAGCGUAAGCGCUCCCGGAAGCACAAGUAUGAGUUUCCCAGGUGUUUCUGGAUCGUAUGGCGGCUACUCUCUCACGGACUCUGUUGAAAUCAGCAGCAGCGGCGAACCCCCUGUGGUUCAGCAUAUAACGUUAGGGCAAGGAGGCACUGGCUUCCCCCCCCCUUCUUUCGGAAGAAUUACACCACUUGUGGCUGGGGCUCCCACCUCUACUUCGCAAAUAAUGUUCGGGUGGGUCCCCGAUCCUGACGCUGCAAGCGCCAGCCUGGGGGCUCAGAACAUCUCCGAGUUGAACAACGCUCUCCGCAGUGCUGCCUUUGUUAACAAACUGCGAACUCGUGCGAUUGUUGAGAAGUCCUGCAGCAUUCCCGUAGCUACGGACCGCCAGAGCUACUUGGAGAUCUUCUGGGGGGCAGUAGAUGCAGAGAGACGCUUUCGUGAAGCAGCAGAAGAGCAAAGAAAAGUAAUAGAAGAUGAGCUUCAUCAAAACCAAAUGGCUUCACCAAAUAUGACGUACGCUCGCUCAGUUGCUACAAGAGCAAAUCUAGAGAGGGGAGAGACAGGUGCAGCAGCAGCAGGAGGAGGAGCAGCAGCAGAAACAGAAAACGAUACAGCAGCAGCGCUGAGGUAUCAAGAAACAGUAGACAGGAUUUUCGGCUCACGAGUUGAAAUUCUUUUAACUUGCAAGCUGGCGGCUCUUCUAGGACAGCCUCAUAUCUUUUUAAGUGAUGCAAUAAAGCCCGUCGAAGCAUUAGAGAUGGUAGCUACUGCUCUUGGCUUAGGAGACGUCUCAUCCACUCCUCUACCUGCAGAAGCCGCAGCAGCAGCAGCAGGUGCAGCACGAGCAACAGCAGGCCCUAUGUUUGGAGGCCUAGAGCCCUUCCUCAUGGCUUCAAAUCCUCUUACAACCGGGCACAUACUGACAUUGUUAAUAGGGUAUAUAGACAGAGAUGCGUUUUUCGGGUCUUCUCCACGUAAAUCUUUUUAUAAUUUUACUACAUUAGUAGGAGCAACAGGAGGAGAGUCAGGUAUACUGAUGCUCGAUGAGAUGUGCGACAGAGACAGAGGCCCUCGACAUAAAACAAGCAUGCUUGCUCGUAAUAGAAGAAAAGACAGACAAGGAAGACCUACAGCAAGAGGAAGCUCAAAACCCUGGUUUGUUAGAGGGACAAGACGCCAACAUAAAAAUAAAAAUCAGCCUGAACUCCUCAGGGCUUACUGUGAUGCAACAGAAAUGAUAUUAAACGCUGUUAUGACAAAACAAGAAGAUAUACAAGAAGAAAUGCUCAAGUAUUCUUUGCCUGUGGAGCCUCUGGUUGACCCAGCGACUAAUGCUGCACGCAUUCAAACGCGCACUUGCAGAGGAGAAGCAGCAGUUUGCGAAUUUGAUAAUUCAAUCUUAAGCCCUGUCGCUAGUCCUCUUGAUCCUGCUGCUAUUGAUCAGAACACCACUACAAGAAGCGCCUUCAACUUAUACGCUGGUCUUGCUAGCGCUCAAAUCGGCAACAUGUUAGAAGACGGAGGGUCGCGAUAUUACGAUACGCGAGCAGAGCAGUGGAUGGAAAUCAUUUCAAAGCCGGCAGCGAAUAACGACAUUCUUGAAAAAGCAUUUUACUACGACAACAGAGAAAUGAUAUCCAAAAGCAAAAGCGCGAUACAAAAAGCAUUUGAUGCCUUCGCAAGAAGAAUAACUGCUUUAGCAGGCAAAGCAUCUGUCUCUUUCUCUGAAGCAACAACUAUUUUUGAAGCUAUUCAAAAAGAUGUUGCAGCGCAAAGACCUCGAAAAUGGUACAAGAGGGAGCCGCCUAUUAAUAAAAAGAAUUUAUUUAGAGUUGCUGUCAUUCUCUUUCUUAAAAGUAGACUGGCAUGCGACAUGCGAAGUUCUUUUGCUGAGAAGUUUGAGGCUUUCACUCAGUUUUUAUUUAAAUCAAGAGAAGCAGGAGGAAGACGUCAGCCUGCUCUUCAGCGCUCAUUACUUGCAUUCUUUAGAACAAACAAAGCUCAAAGUUUCUACGCUAUGUGUUCCUUCGACCCUCUCUCUCUCAGCUACCUCUUCCUAUACAGAUUCGUUCUUAUGGGCAGCGAUGCUGGAAGGACACAUGAUAAACAACACGCUGCUAUGAGUCGAACGCGACUGAGCACGAGGCUUCUGGGCUCAAAGUGGACGCCUUCAAUUCUUAAAAGUGUUAUGAUGGGAUUCAAAAGAAAAUCUCUUGUUCAAACUGCUAAACAAUUGUUGUUAGAAAGCCUCGACCCUUCGAUAUUAUCUUCAUUAUUAACUUCUUUUGAUUGGAUUGUGCAUACACAAGCGACACUGCAAGUAAACCAAAGUGCUUCGAUGUAUCAUGACUUAGAGGCCCCUUCUCAGCAGUAUAAAACAACUGGAGAGAAGAAAGAAGGGUAUAGAUUAUCAAGCGGCGGCUUAGUAAAAACUACAGAUAAACAAUUAGAAGACUGGGCUGAGUACGGUAUCCCUGCAUCAUUAUCAAGAAAAUUAAGAAGAGGCGAGAAGCUUCCUAAGUCUGUAGCAUUUGAAAAAAUUGCAACGCCGGACUUAACGAAGUGGGAGCAGCAAUUAAAUAAUAAGUGGUUGGAUGCUCUAAGUGCAUAUUUAGAGCAUCCUUAUGGUCGUGCUGCUCUUGCUGCAAGAGAUCCUGUAGCUCUUUUAGUAAAAGAAAGUAAAGAUAGACUUGAAGCUGAGGUUGACUCAACCAUAUUCUUAGGAAGAGUUGUUAAAGUGCCGAGGAUGUCAAAAUUCAAGAAAGCUAUGAAAGCAAUAAGCAAUUUCUUUCGAGCAAUUCUUAGAGCUCCUGAACAAAGUGAAUAUGCUGUUUGGAUGGGUGUUAAGGUAAAUGUUGAUAAAGUGCUUGCUGUUAUGAAAGCAGUAAAUAAUGCUGCUGAGGUUGCAAAGAGUUCUGGAGUCUAUGAACAUAUAAGAGAAGCUUUCCUCGAGAUUGUUAAAGACUUUGUAAUGGGAAACCUUGAUUCACAUGUUCGUAUUGUUGGAUAUGAUACAUUUGCUGCAAUAGAUGAACAGCUAAGAACUCAAGGGUAUGCUGCUGCAAAUAAAAGAAAUCACGGUUUCCUUGCUAUUCAUCCAGAUUAUUCAAAUAUGAGUGAAGCAGAGAGAAAAAGAGAGUUUCAACUCAGCAUGUGUAUGGAUCACUGCGAGUCUGUUUGGUCUUUAAUUACCUCUUUAGUCCUGACUAAUCUGCAGAACCCGAAGAAACUAAAAGAUUAUGAAACUGAAAUGAGCAAAACAAAGGCUAUUGCAGCUCUUAACGAUCCUAAUCGUGUGAAUGCUUUCCGGUUUGGUUUGAACGUUCAGACAGAUUAUUUUGAGAAUUUAUUAGAUAAAGGUUCACGAGAAAACAUCAAAAGAAUGAAGUUUGGAGGGGGAACAUGGUUUGCUUACUCUUUACUUCUUGCUGGACGUAUCAAUACUGCUAUGGGGAUGCCUAACUUAGGAACAACUCUUGUUUAUCAAGCUCCUUACUAUGGAAACUUUAUUCUUCGAUGGAUAAAAGAAAGAAGAGAAGCCCGAAAGAAAGCUCUAUUUGCAAUGUUAACCCUUGGUUUCUUCUUUGCAUACACAUUCCUCUCUGUUUCAGAUAUUACUCAGCAUCUUAAUGACUCUGGCUUAGGCCCUGCAGUUGAUUGUCUAGAAAAUCUUAUUGUUGGGCCUAUAUGUCCUGCUGAAGUCAUUGCUCCUGCAAUAACAAGUGCAGCAACAGCAGCAGCACAAGAUGUAUUCAAAGUAGGUUUGCUGGGGCUUCUAACUCCUUAUCUUGUCUGGCCGAUGAUGCUUAUCAGUGUCUGGCAGAUACUCAAAUCUGAGUUUAAAGUGUUGCUGCAAUUCGAAAUGUCUGUUAAAAGCCUCUUUACUCGUUUCUCUCGAUGGGCUAAGCAGCCGUUUACAACUUGGUGGCAGAAAAGACGAAGAAUGAAAGAAAGCAUUAUGAAGAAUGCUUCAGAUAAAUAUGAACAAGAGAAGAUUAAAAACAAAGGUAAAGAGCCUCAAGCUAGAGAUUUCAUAGGGAGAUUAGAUACAGGUGCUGCUGAUUUAGAUAUCCUCGGACUUCCAUCUUCUCAACAGCAAAUAAGCUAUGAAAUUACUUGGGGAGGCCCUGUAUUUCCUUACAGUCCGCCUUUGAUUCAAGCUUCUUCAUCAGGUCUUUAA